AUGAUUGGUGUGGUGAGGAGAGAAAGUUGUUUAACCUUUCAAUUAUUGUUAUUACUUUGGCUCUCCCUUGUGUGUUCAAUCAUUUGUGGUCAUUGGAUCGGAAUAUCACAUGUUGUGAACGGAAAAUAUUUGAGAACAAGAAAAUUUGUAAAUAGGAAUAUGGAACAUAAAUAUCGAACAAGUACGCCAAGGCUUCCAACAUUGGCUUAUGGAGUGGAAUGGAAAUUAAUCAAUAUGCAACAAGAAAUUCCUUCUCCGAGAUUUGAUUUUGCGUAUGCAUCAACUCCGGAUUAUUCAUUGUCGUUUCUUUUCGGUGGAGUGAAUUCUAGUUGGAGUAUCAUGAAUGAUUUUUGGAUUUUAGAGCAUCAACAUUUGAAAUGGACAAAAAUUGUAAAAGAAAAUAAUGAUGAUUUGUGGCCACCGGCAUUAAGGGAUGCUGCUGCAGUGUUUUGUUUGGGAGAUUUUUAUGUGUUUGGAGGAAAGAGCACUGGUGGAAGCGUGAGUGGUGAUGUGUGGAAAUUUAACUUGUCUUUAAGAAAGUGGAGUAUUGUAAAUAGAGGAAAAGAUGAAGAUCAAGCAAAAAUUGCAUCAAGAUUUGGUCACUCGGCUAUCUGUAUUGGAAAUAGUUUCAUUGUUAUCUUUGGUGGUAGUGACAAGAACAAUAAUUUCUAUAACCAGCUCCAUUUAUUUAACAAUGGUACAUUCACUGAAAUUGAACCAAAUGGACCAGUAACAAUUCCACCAAGAAUGUACACCCCAAUUAUUUUCAAUCCGACCGAUUCAUCUCUCUUUGCGUUUGGUGGUUAUGUAAAAAUCUCAGCAAAUGAAAGUGCAAACAACGAUGAAUUGUGGCAAUUUGAUUUACUACGAAAGCAGUGGAAGCAGAUUGAAAAACAAAACUCUGCCAUUUGGCCACCUUCAAGAAGUGGACAUAAUUUAUUCAAGACAACCCAAUUUUCUAACAAUUUUUAUGUAUUCGGUGGUGAAUUGCUGAAUGGUCUUGGUACUAAUGACAUGUAUUCGUUCAAUGUUAUCACUUCUCAAUGGACAGUAAUCCCAACUCAAGGAAAUUCAUCUCCACCAGGAAGAUUGGGGGCUGCUUUCAUUCAGAAAUCUUAUUCCAGUGGAGAAUAUAUUUUGUUUGGAGGUGUUUCUGGUUGGACCAAUACAAAGGUAUUAGGAGAUGAAUGGCUCGCCUCACUUCGCUAA